AUGGUAAUCAAGAGCAUUCUCAGUGCUGCACUGUUUGCAGCUGUCUCAGUGGCACUAGACGACAUCCCGGCUCUCGGUCUGGGCACUUGGCUUUCUGACAGAGACAGCGUCCCUCACGCCGUCGAAUUCGGUCUGAAGAAUGGCUACGAACACAUCGAUGCAGCCUGGAUCUACCGUAACGAGGAUAAGACCGGCAAAGGGCUGGCCGCAGCGGAUUUGCCUCGCGAGGAUAUUUGGGUGACAAGCAAGCUGUGGAACAACGCUCACCGAACGGCCGAGGCAUGGGGACAGAUUCAUGAGACCCUCACCCAUCUGGGUCUCGAAUACUUGGAUCUCUACCUCAUCCAUUGGCCCGUGGCUUUUCUCCCCGACGAGGGUACCAAACUCGAUAAGGAGACGACCAUUGUGGAUACCUGGAGGACUCUAGAGAACCUUGUCCGAGCCAACCUCACUAGGCACAUUGGUAUAUCCAAUUUCGCAAAGAAGGAUGUUGAGACCAUCCUCGAUAUCUGCGAUAUCUGCCCGUAUGCCCAUGAGUUCGAGACGCAUCCCUAUCUCCAGCAGCAGGAGUUCGUCGACUUCCACGACAAAGUCGGGAUCAAGGUCAUUGCUUACUCACCACUCGGCAACACCAACCCUACGUACGACAGCAAGCACGGCAACCUCGAGCCGCUAUUGAAAGACUCCUUCUGGACGGACGUUGCCGAGAAGAAAAACGCAACUGCCGCGCAAGCUGUGCUGGCUUGGGGGAUCCAGCGAGGAACUAUCGUUAUUCCAAAGAGCACCUCGGAGAAGCAUUUGACGGACAACCUCGGAGCUCUUGACAUCAAGUUUACCGACAAAGAGCUGAAAGAAAUCGCCAAGCAAGACAAAAAAGCCCGCUUCAACAAUCCCAGCAAGUCAUGGGGCGUGAAGUUGUUCGCCGAUUUGGACGAUCACUUCGAUGACCUGAGAGAGGAUGAGCUUUGA